AUGGUGAUCUAUGAUGAAGCAGAUCGAUUAUUCGAAAUGGGAUUUGACGUCCAGCUACGAGAGAUUUUGAGUCGUCUACCCUCAACUCGUCAGAAUUUACUCUUCUCCGCGACGCUUCCGUCAACAGUAGCCGAAUUCGCGAAAGCUGGACUUGUCAAUCCUUUGCUGAUCCGACUGGACACAGAGCACAAGGUCAGUCCAGAUCUCGACUUACGAUUCUUAUCAGUCAAGCCGACGGAGAAAGACGCUGGCCUACUGGUCACCCUUCGCGAUGCAAUCAAGAUCGGCAGUGGUAGCGACAAGGAGGAUAAUCAGCCCCAAGCUAUCGUCUUUGUGUCGACAAAACAUCACGUCGAUUAUGUCUCAGAACUACUCAAGGCUGCUGGUUACCGCACGUCACAUAUCUAUAGCUCUUUGGACCAGAUCGCCCGACAACAGCAACUACAUCAGUUUCGAAAACGGUUUACCGACGUCUUGGUAGUCACCGAUGUUGCCGCCCGAGGUCUGGAUAUCCCUAUCAUGGAUCACGUCAUCAAUUACGAUUUUCCACCCGGUCCAAGAGUUUUCGUUCAUCGUGUCGGUAGAACGGCGAGAGCAGGAAGGAAAGGCACUGCCUGGUCUCUGGUCACUCGAGACGACUGGCCGUAUUUGUACGACUUGCAGACGUUUUUAGGCUCCUCAAGAAUGGGCAACGAUGCAGACAUGCUCAAGGCAUUUCCCCAAGACAGCAUCAGCGAAAAUAUAGAGUAUAUACUAUCCGGCCUCGACGAAGUCGCUCCUCAUCUUCAAGAUCAACGUGAAGUCAUGCGCAAAGGUCAAGCUAUGUUCGAGCGAUCGCGUGGCAAAGCUUCUGCCGGCUCAUAUCGUAAAGCCAAAUCGUUAGGCCAUCUCUUCAGCGGCUCAACAUUCACACUGCCCAUCGAUCCCAGCCUUGUGGACUCCAGAAAUUUAUCCACUAUUGCCGCUAGAAACCGUCUUGUCGCCUCUAUUGCUGCUUAUGCUCCAAAUGAGACAGUUCUUGAGCUUGGCAGGCGAGGUGAGACAGACAAUUCGAUUCUUAUGCAAAAACGUCGCAAGCUUGUCAAUAGCCGCAAGAAAAUUGCAGCAGAGGAUAUGAGCGCUGUUGACGACAAAUCACGAUCAAGCGAUGACAAGGAAGAUAUGUCUAUGGCCAAAUCUUUUCGUGAUCCUCAUUUUUUCAUGGAUCACUCGCAAAGUGGCGCUGCUUCAGAAAGAGGUUACUCCUUGCAAAGUGGUGUGUCACUUCCUGAAGCUCUAUCUGCUACAACCUUGGACAUGACUGCCGAUGAAGGGUCAAACGCCAGGGCCCAAAAAGCCAGUCAGCUCAGCUGGGAUCGCAAGAAACGUAAAUUCGUCAAAACUACGGUUGGUGCCGAUAACAAGAAGAUGAUACGGUCGGAAAGCGGAGCUCUUCUUCCUGCAACUUAUAGCACGGGCCGAUACAAUAUCUGGAAAUCCAAAAAGCGUACGACAUCCUCAUCUGAUCUGCAAAAUAGUAACAAUCAAGGGCAGGUCGAUAAGAUACGGGGUAGAACUGUGGUCGAUAUUCCAGGUGCGAAGACUGUUCCGCAUGGCGGUACCGGUCUUCUUUCCGCUCGAGCCAUCCGACAGCAGCGGGAACAGAAAUUAAAGGUGUGUGCCAAGCGAUAUCAAAUGGCAUAA